AUGAGCGACGAUUCGGAUUUCGAUGAAAUUGCACAUGAAAAACUUCUCGAAUCGAUAAAAACACCGAAUUCUACUAGAAAAGUGGGUUAUUCCUAAAUUUUAGCUGAAAAUCGAGAUUUUUCAGACGAAGUUGAAAAAAGUUGUGAAAAAAUCGCAUAUUGAUGCUGGCGCACUUUUAUCGCAUAUUACGGUUUCGAGAGCUUCGACGAAUAAAGCGAAACAAAGUUUGGGAAUUGAAGGAUUGGAAAAUCCGGGUAAGAAAUUAUUUGAGUCGAAAAUCGGAUUUUUUAUUUAAAAAUUUUUACUCUGGCUAAAAAUCUUAAAUUUUUAUGAAGAAAUGACCUGAAUCACCUAAAUUUUCACGUUUUCAAUCGUAAAAAUCAAAUGUUCGUAAUUUUGUUCAUUUCUUGAUUUUGGUUAUUUAUAAAACAAGUGUUCAAUUUUAAUGAGAGUAGAAUUGUUCAUAUUCAGGUAGAACAUUGCAAUUUUACUAGGAAAUUUGACCUGAAAUUUAUGUUUCGAAAAUUUGUUGAAAUUCUGUAAAACGGUGUAUUUCAAUACAGUUUUGUAAUCAUUCUUAAUUAUAUUCGGCUAAAAUUGUAUAUAUUUUUCCAGAAUCUUCGACCCCAGCUUCUUCAUCUGGAAAACGAAAAGCUUCUAUUGAAAAUGACGAGCAAAAUUCGAAAAAGAAGAAAAAGAAGGUUUUGAAGAGCAAAACUUUGAUUCCAGUUCGAGAUAUUGAAGCGAGAAAAAGAAUCGAGGGAGAAAUUGCAUUCAAAGAUUUGAAGUUUGUCUAAAAUUGUUGUUAAAUUGACUUGAAAUUAAUAUUUUGCAGAAAAGAAGUGACUGGAAAUUGGACUGAAUUGGUGCAAAGUAAUCGAGUAGCUGAUCAAUUGAUUUUCCCUUUGGUGAAACCUGAAGGACUUCUUUGGGGGGUAGGUUUUGAAUUUUAGAUGAAUUAUUUGUGAAAAAUCAAAAUUUUCUGAAAAUCUUGCUCAAAAACUUGAAAUUUUGGAUUCCAAUACGAAAAUAAGUCAUUUUUUCCAGAACGAAAAAUCGGAACCAAAACUAACGGAAAAAGAGCAAGCAAUAAUGAAAGCAACAGAUAUCAAAAUGGCGAAAGAAAGACUUGGACAAAUGCAAAGAAUGCGAGCAAUUGUUGGAAUUCAGGAGGCAAAAAAUCGAUAUUUGAAAAAAAUCAAAUCGAAAGGUUAUCACAGGAUUUUGAAGAGAGAAAAAAGGAAACAAUUGUUGAAAGAGUUUGAUGAAAUGGUGGCAAGGAAUCCAGAAAAAGCACAUGAGAAAUUAGAAGAAUUAGAUUUGCAAAGAGUUAUGGAAAGAGGAAGUUUGAAGCAUCGAGGACAAAAUCAAAAGUUCAAACAAAUGCUGGAAAAACAUGCGAGUAGAAAUCCAGAGGUUAAGAAAUUAUUGGAAGAACAUUUGAGAUUAGGAAGAGAACUCAAAAGCAAGGUUGCCGAAACUCAAGAGAAUUCUGAUUCUGAAAAUGAAGAAGCUGAAGUUGAGGGAAAGAAAAAACUGGGAAUCCAUGAAAUUCUCAAAGAUGCUGCUAAAGCCGCUGCAAAAGAUUCUUCGGACGACCAGAUUUCGAGCCUUUUUAAUGUUGAUGAUUUUCUUGAAGACACGAAGCUCCAGAAAUUGACCCUGGCACAAAUGAGAGCGAAAAAACGGCUUGAAAAUGAGCAAUUUAAGAAGAAGACGACGGAAACUGAAGAAUCACCGAUGUUUGAAGAGGAAAAAGCGUGGGAUAAGGAAAAAGGGUCGAAGAAGAAAUUGAAGAAAAGAAAAGGAACAAUGACGAAGAAAAGCUAUGUGAAAGAGGAUUAUGGUAUGUGUUUAAGCAGGAACAUUUGGGACAAAAUGAACUAGAAAUGAUCUAAAAUUUUAGAAUUUGUUUGAGAAAUCAAGAAAAUUGAAAAUUAAAUUUGAAAAACUGGAUUUUCAAUUGUGAAUUGAUAAUUUCGAGCUUAAAAUUUAUUGUUUCACUGAUUUUUUGAGACAAAAAAACGGAUUUUCAGUUAGUUCAAUGAAAACGGUAUAUGCUCCUAAUUUUUUUUUCAAUCUUUAUAUCAAAAAUCUCUAUUUUCAGAUACGAAUCACCCAUUGACCUAUGAAGAGAAAGUAAAAAUAGCCGUCGAAGCAGCUGGUGUAAAUGCAGAUGAACAGAGAAUGGCUGAAAUUGAAAUCGAUCCGAGAAAAUUCUUAGAAUUGAAUGCGGCUGAUUUGACACAAGUUUCGUCGGAUUUUGUAGAGAAAAUGGAUCAAUUUGAAGAAGGUAAGGGUCUAAAUUAGUGAUUUUGAGCUAAAGAUUGCUAUUUUAACCGUAAGAUCAUCCUGAAAACGCUAAUUCCGAUCUUAUUUCAGAAACUGCCAAUGUUAUCAACGAAGCUUUCAAAGAUGACGAUGUUGUUGGAGAAUUCGAAAAAACGAAAGAGGAUCAAAAAGAGCGGGAAAAAGUGAAGGAUAUUGAUUUGAAUUUGGCUGGAUGGGGAAGUUGGACAGGUCCUGGAACGACUGAAAAUAAAAGGAGAAAGAAUUUUAUGGUAAAAGCCAAAGAGAAAAAAAGAAAAGAUGGAGAGAAAAAUGGAAUUAUUAUUAAGGAUAAUAUUGGAGCAAUGGAUGUGAGUUUCGAUUUGCGGGAGAGGGAAUCGGGGGGAUUUUUUUUAACUGAAAAUGAGAAAAAUUUAUUGAAAUCAUGCAUAAAAUAGGUCCCCCGAGUCAGUUUUCAAAGUUAUAACCCUAUAGGGUCCCUCCUUGAAAAUUUUCCAAAGUGAAACACCUUCCUCAUAUUUUUCAGCGAAUUUUGGACAAAUCUGGAAAUUUUGGUAAAUCAUCAGCAGAAAAUUGGCCAAGUUAGGCACCCUUCCCUUCAGAUUUUUGAAAAAAGUUAAGCCCCUCACCCCGAUUCUGGGGACCCAUUUUAUGUAUUAUAGAAAUUUUAAAAUUUUAUUGAACCUUUGGGCGAAAUUUUGAAAAGUAGAAUUUUUGGAGUUCGAAAUAAGGCGAAAUUUAAACUAAAAACUCAGGAAUUUAAUAGAAUAGAAUAAUCCAUUUUUUCUCUUUCUUUAUACGUCUUCGAAAUUUCUCAAAUUUCAUCUUCAAAAAAUCCGAAAUUUUUAAAAAUCUUUUCAAGCCGAAAAUAUCCCUCGACUCAACCUACAACUACCACAAAAUCACCCAUUUUUUUCCAGGGAAUCGGCAAAAUCCAACCACGUUCUCUUCCAUUCCCAUAUUCUCGAGUUGAAGACUACGAAGCUGUUCUGAAACAACCAUUGGGUCUCGAAUGGAAUAUGGAAAAAAUGCGAGAUGAAUUGUGUAAACCGGCAAUUGUUGUUGAAUCUGGAAGAGCAAUUCGACCGAUCAAUAAAAAAGAGCUUAUUGGUGAGAAGAAAUAA